AGACAAGUAAUUUGGUAAUUUGGCCGCUGUAGGUUUCUGGUUUUUAAAACUACCAACUCUCUACAUCAUAAUCCAUUUAGCCGCCGCUCCGCCCUUUUUCUAUCAAUUCCCGGCCGUAGUUUGAUUGCAAUCUGUUCAUGAGACCUGGAUCUGUGGUUGUGUAGUGUUUGUGUUUCAUUUGUUUUAAUAAGCACUUAUUUGAAUCUGAACCGCUGAGUUAGGCCGGAAAUGGCAGAGCAGAAAGUGAAUGAGCAAAAGGGUGUGAAGGGUGGAGAGUUGUUGUUCUGUGGGUGCACGCACUGGGACGCUAUUGGUCGGCGUAAGGUGUCUCCGGAGCACAAUCUGAUUUCUCCGUCCAGGCUCCGACCACUCGUAGGCGUCAAUAUUUGCUUUGUUGCUGCUGGCUGUGCUUCAUGUCAUUGUGUUGCGCUGGAUACUGAAGGCCGUUGUUAUACAUGGGGGCGAAAUGAGAAGGGGCAACUUGGUCAUGGAGAUAAAAUUACACGGGACAGACCAACAGUAGUUUCAGAACUCUCAAAGCAUAAAAUUAUCAGAGCAGGAUCUGGAAGGAGCCACACAGUAGUUGUUACUGAUGAUGGACUCUCUUUCUCAUUUGGAUGGAAUAAACACGGACAGCUAGGGACUGGUUCUAUUAGAAAUGAAAUUGAGCAUUCUCCUGUACGUUGCCUUGUAUCGGAAGCAAAAACAACUUCUUGUGGGGCUGAUUUUACUGUGUGGCUAACGUCGGUGGAAGGAUCUUCUAUAUUAACUGCUGGUCUGCCGCAGUAUGGUCAACUUGGUCAUGGCACUGACAAUGAGCACAACACCAAAGAUAGUUCAGUGAGGCUUGUAUAUGAACCUCAACCGAAACCCAAAGCAAUAGCUGCCUUUUCUGGAGAAACCAUAGUUAAAGUGGCUUGCGGUUCAAACCACACAGUUGCUGUUGAUACCAAUGGAUUUGUUUAUACCUGGGGCUUUGGUGGCUAUGGAAGGCUUGGACAUAGAGAGCAGAAGGAUGAGUGGGUCCCACGACGUGUUGAUGGUUUUACCAGGCAAAACGUCCUCCCUCCAGAUGCUGUGCUCUCAGCUGGCUCUCUUAACUCAUCUUGCACGGCUGGGGGAGGUCAACUAUACAUGUGGGGGAAAAUAAAGGUCACAGGGGAUGACUGGAUGUAUCCUAAAGCUCAAAUGGAUCUAAGUGGGUGGAACUUGCGUUGUAUGGAUUCGGGGUAUAUGCAUCACUUUGUUGGUGCUGAUUCCUCUUGUAUAAGCUGGGGACAUGCACAAUCUGGGGAGCUUGGUUACGGCCCUAAUGCUCAAAAAUCAUCUGCCGUUCCUAAAAAGGUGGACAUCCUAGAUGGCAUGCAUGUUCUCAGUGUUGCAUGUGGAUUUUCCCACUCCAUGAUAGUGGUUGACAGGGCAAAUGUUGGUGAUAAAUUGGACCAGCUUGAAGUAUAUGAUGGCAAGAUUUCUGAAGAAGGACCAGAUAAUGAAACUUCAGUCACUGAAAAAGCUCCUCCCAAAAAGGCUACCAGAAAGUUGGCUGCUGCAGCGAAGUCCAAAAAAAGGAUGAAGCCGUCCAAUGAUUCGUCAUCAGAUUCAGGGGGAGGUGGUGAUGAUGAAAACGGUCAUAGUGAUGAUGACAGUGAAGAAGGAUCUAAUGGACAAAAAGCUGCUGCUGCUGGUAAUGGUAAGAAGAAGGGCGGCAGCAAAUCUACUCGUGGGAGAAAGGCAGCUGCUACUGGUCGCGGUGGUAGUAGGGUUGGACCCAAUAUAAAGAAAAGUCCUAGUGACAAACCAAAGGGUUCGGGGAAACGAGGAAGACCAAGAAAAACCACCCAGUAGUGCCCGAUCGAUUGUCCACCUUAUUAGCAUUUUUUUUUAUAUUUCUCAAUUGUACUCUUUCCUUCAAUUACUUUAUACUUUUUUUUUUCAAUUUUAGAAAGUUUAUUUGUUUAGGCUAUUUGAACUUUUUGAAACAUUCAAAUUUGACUGUGUCAUGUAAAAAUAGUCUAGCGCAUUGUGCCUGUCACUCCAGUCAGAGUCGGCUAGUAUUUUGAAUAUGGGUUUACUGAAAACUAGUAGGUGAAAAUUCCUCACAAGUCACAAGAUGGAUACCAUUAUGCCUAGGUUGGGAAAA